AUUCUAAGCAUGCCGUAGACCGAUCUACCCUUUCUCCGACACUGUAUUACAACGGGCGCACAUGAGAACGGCAUGCCCGAGAUCGUGGUGUCCUAGAAGCUCGUCGACUGGGCCCUCCAAGGGGGCGCGGCGCGGCGCGCGCCGCUGCUGCUGGCGGCGGUCGCCGCAGCCGCCGUGCGGCUCUCGCGCGGAGCGGUGCUCAGCUCAAGCAAGCUCGAGAGUUGCCUGAACGAAGGCUCUGAGAACAUGGACUGUGACAAGAAGGUGGUCCUGACAGUGACGCUGGAGCACGGCCAGCUGGAGACGGAGACGGCGCAGUUCACCGUCUCCGAGGUGCUGGACGGCGACAACGGCAACAAGCCCGUGCAGCUGCAGAAGCCGUGGCUGCUCACCUGGACCAAGAGCCCAGCGUACUGGCGCUACCCCCUGGCGUACGUGCAGGAGGUGAACAACAAGCCCACGGAGCACGUCAUAUACACGACAGGCCUCUCGUGCCGCGACAACCCGCAGGGGCCGAUCGAGUCCUUGACGUGCGGCGUCGCGACGAAGGGCGGUGAGGCGGUGGUCGAUUCGGAGGGCUUCUGCUGCGGCUGCGACCUCAACAACGUGUUCGCCGGCACCCCCACGCGCUCGGACCUGGACUGUCCGCUGAUCCCCCUGGAGGCUCUCCCGCCCACCCUGCAUCCGCUCAACAUCGGUCCGCUGACCCCUCAUUCUAGCCUGGCUCGGGCCGCUGGCCGGCGGCAGCCCGGCGCGGCACGGGCGCCCCCAGCGGCCCGCGGCUGCGCGGCCCUCCGCGGCAGCGCGCACACCUCCGCGGAGGCAGGGCGAGACUGGCGGUUCCCUGAGAUCCUGGAGUCUCAAGUCUUCACGCUUCGCCCUCAGCCCGAGGCAGACCUGCCGCCCGCCCGCUGGAUCUUUUCCGCAUGCGGCUGCAAGAAGAACGAGAUGCACCGGACGAGGGUUCCCCCUUCGCGUGCAGUAUGCCUCCUGGGCAACUCUCGCUUGUCACUGGAGACGGUGGUGGCAGACGAGGCACCAGACCUGCAGACGGCAUGGAACGCAAGUUGCAUAGUGCGGUCCAGCCGUAUCAAGGGGCGGAGUGCCCAGAUGCUGGAGCAGCGUGCCCUGGUCACCAAGCUCACGGAGGAGGUCGAGCAGGCUGCAGCUGAGCAUCGUCGUCUGGUGCCGGCAUUUCACGUUCAGACUGCUCGCCCGCCCGAGAAGAGCGUGGAAGCUGACGGGGGUGCUACAUCUAAGUGCACGCUGGCAUCGAUCCUGGACGGUUCCUUCUCUGAGCAGCUCUCCAUCGACCCGUCUGAGCUCCUGGGAGACAUCGAGGACUACGAGCUGUCGUCGACCGACCAGGAGGAGAUGGAGAAGCGCAGCAAGCAGCUGCGCGACGGCAUCCAGGAGCUGGCCAGGACCCUGUUCGCUCAGACCCAGCAGGCGCACAUGGCACAUGUUGGACGCCCCUCGAAGAAGCGCAGGGUCGACGACACUGUGAACGCAGGCAGCGGCGAGGACGAUGCGGCACCUGCAGCAGGUUUGGAGGCCAAGGCCCCUGGAGCUGACAGCGAAGGCCACGGUUCGGCUGCUGACCCUGACGCGGAGGCUGCUGGGUCGGCUCCGUUACUUGCUCGCGCUGCCAAGGUCAUCCAGCAGCAGCCGUCUGCACAAUGCGAGCAGGGGGGUCUUCUGCGCGAUGAUCUUUUCAGUGGCAAGCUCACUUGCCCAGGGGCCUCCUUGAUCCUGAAGCAGAUGGUUGAGUAG